AUGUUAACCACAAAGUCAAAUUUGAUCGCUGGUUUGUAUAGUGUUCAUUGUUUGGGUACAUUUGUGACAAAAAACGUAAUUGUAGCCGAUAAAGAUGAUGUAAAAUUGGUGAUUUCGGGGAAAAAUAAAAUAUUCCAUCUUCUAGGUGAAACGCAUACAUACUCAUGUGCCGUGAAAUUUAUUUAUAAAAGUCUAUAUGAAUUUAACCAUCCUAAACCUGUAUGGAUUAAUUUAAAAGACAUGGGUACAGAAGUACUCGGAACAGAUGACAUUAAAGUCUUACAAACUAAUGCAGGAUGGCACUAUUAUGCAUGUGAAUUUAGCACUUACGGUCUUAUUGUUAAGGAGUUUCUUCACUUUAUUGUAUUUGAUAUAAGUAAACAUUCAUUGACUGUUGAAGAAGAUGGGAUUGAAAGAUACUUUUACAUUGUUGACUCACCAAUCUCAGUUAGAUGUCAUGCUGGUAACAUAGGCUAUCAGCAUCUGGAGAGACCGUAUUGGAUAUUACUGUCGGGGAAUGUUACUUAUAAAAUAUCGAAUAGAUCAAACAUUUUACAGAAAAGUUCAGUAAUCAGUUUACAUAAUAAAAGUUUCUUUUACGGAACUUUUCAGUGUAAAUUAAAAAUUAAAAAUGUCUGCUUAACUAAAAUUGUUGUAUUUGUGAACUUAAGGGGCAGUAUGCCUGACAGACUUCUUCGUCGACGUUAUAUUUUACCAAAUUCAUUACAAUUAACGGAAAAAUUUUCACUAAAACAGUAUACACAUCAUGAAUUAAGAUUUCUCUCAGAGCCAGUUUGUGUAAGUUAUGAUCAUAGAAAGGAGACUAUUGAAUGGCAUUGCCCUUGGAUACGUACAGGUGUACUUCACUUUUGUGUUGAACACACUGAACAACAGUUUAUUUUAGACAAAUUGUACUGUAAUGAUACAAAAGUAUUUUAUUUAGAAAAUGUGUAUCAAGUAUUUGCCCGUUUGGAACCGUCAGAAAUGUAUUUUCAUUAUGGAGAAAAAAUUCGCUGUAAAUUAAAUAAAAAUGUUACUGUUCAUGUGGAUGUAAUCAUGAUGUUUAAAGUUUACCCCGAAGGCUUACAUCCAGAGAGAUAUUAUACUGAAUGGGUAACCCUCGAUCAGACUUUUCCCAGUGGCGUUUACAUUAUUCGUUGUACAGUUAUCGUGGAGUACAUGGAACCGUUAUCGACAGAAUCUCUUAUUAUAAUAAUAAUUAAUGUUAUUAUCUUUUUAUGUAUCCAUAUAAUUGAAGACCCACCAACGAACGUUGGAUUUUAUAAAUCACCACAUGGCUAUCGUUGUACUCAUAAUGGAAUGCCCAUUGAAAAUGUUAAAUACAAUAUCAAAGUUUUGAAUGCUACAUUUGACUUUGAAAUCAGUGAUGACACUGUAGUUAUUGACGAAUACACUCUCCUAGGUGAUUAUAUUGUGAAGUGUUCAGCACUUGUCAGUCAUCCAUUCAAUAAAACAUAUAAUCUUAGUCGUAUAGAAGUAUUACGAAUAAAAGUGGUGUACACAUGUGUUGUAGGCUUACAAUGCAGAUGUUGUUUUGUUUCCUCCUUCUUUUCCAACAACUUCUAUGCAAUUUCUUAUCUUGGAAUCAAAAAUACCACCAAUAAAAAAUAUAUUCAGAUACACGAAUUUCUAGAAAUUAAUCAUUUGAUCGAUUCAGAUAAAGAAUAUCAAGAAAUUGUUCAUCAAGCGAUUCAUCGGUUCGAUGAAUUAGUUGCUUUAAUAAGAGCAGUGAAAAUAAUAGAAGAGAGAAAAAGGGAUACAAGGAGUACUUACACAGAAGGAUUGAAUGGUGACAGGCUACUUGACGAUGAAGUUAGUGAUUAUAUGAAGGUCACCAGUAAAAUUGAUAACAACGUAAUCAAUGAACAAGGAUUGCAUAAAAUGUCAUCUAGAAGGCCCUCCAUUCUUCUGGAGGAUACAAAUCCACUACAACGGCGUAAAUUUUCAAAGUUUGUCGGCAUAGUUUUGCCGACGGAUACUGAGAUUGAAGAGACAGACAACACUUUUGAAGGUUAAAAGGUUAGAAAUGCUUGUCAAUUACAUAGCAUUGAAAGGUGAGUAUCUAGUCGUUUAUAAUAGUAUUCACGCCUUAACUUGUAAUGAAGAGAAACAAAUAUCUAUGUUGAAUAUAAAGGAUAAAAUAAUUCAAGAUUUAUUCAUAUUUAGUGUUAGCGAUAAUAUUUCAGAGUAGUGGAUUUAGCGAACAGAGUUUCUUUUCUCAGGAAGUGUUGUUU